GAGCCGAGCAGCUUAGAACCCGUCAUAGUAAACGGUUUGGCAACCCAUCCGCAACACCCAUCGGUUGACAGUAGACCCACUUGUUGACUUCAUGCUCGGUCGCGCUUUCGAGCUGAUUCACAAAUUAAAGGCUGUUCUUAUAGGAACGAAGGAAAAGAGGGUCGCGAGGGAGUCCCCUGUCCUUUGUCAGCAUAUUGGUCGCUUCGGCCGCCUGCGACGACCACCCCCUCCAAACAUCCUUUCCCCAUCAACAAAACAGGCAGGAUACCUGGCACUGUAGCUACAGUGUGUAUGCUUGACCAGUAAAAUCAAUCUGGAACGCAUUCGGAAGGCGCAACGUUGUGUUUGGGUAACCCGGGAAUGAACUGCAGGAAUAGGUGCGUGUACGUUUCUGAGCACCGCAGUGCACCGACGUAUCUUUCCACCUUCUCAAUCCCAAUAACGUUGGGGUCGCACCGCUGGACAUGAUUCAAUCCAAGAAAGUGUGGUGCGCGAUUGUUGAAUGAUGACUUCGGGGGCGGCGCAUACAAAUCUCGUGCAACAAUGUUCUAAUGUGAUGUCUGUCUGACUGGUGCUCUAGUUGGUGCGGUGGUCAGUGAGUCAGCAGCCCACAAAGGGCCCGCGAGCUCCAAUUAGGAAGGGGGUUCCAAGGGGGUUAGCACGCUUCCCUCCCGCUUAUAUGUCCAUCUCGAAUGCGACUACGGGAGCGCAAUAAGGUGUUGUUGAUAGUUCAGUGCAGUAGUGUGCGCAACCAAGGCUAACAGUGGUGUUCGUGUUACGAAAUUGAAAUCUCUAUCGUUUAUAGAUAGAUGAAUGCAGCCCAUUGCUUACUCGAAGAACAACGGUUCCGAUUAAGAAGAAAAAGAAAUAACGAGGAAAAAACAAAAGUGUGCGGCACCUUGUUUUGGUUGUUCCGUGUUAUAUCCGCCUGUCAGACAGCCCGUUCGCCUGUUCGUAAGCCAGCCAUCGCGCAUCGCUAAGAGUCCCUCUCCGCACACCAAGAUUUCCGAGCAGUGUUUCCAUUCUUCAACACAAUGCACAAUUUUUGUAGCGAUAUGGCACGUGAUUCAACCAUGGGCCGAGACCGAGUGCUAGUCGUACCGAACACAGGCAUUGCCCUGAACAGCAACAGUACACCGGCAGCAUCAUCGUCCACCUCAUCACAGGUCACAACAGGAACCACGCCGACCGACAUCAAUCAGCAGAUUCUGGAGCCCUUACACAUUCCAUUUGCGUUGGUGCGUUGCAGCUUCAGAAGGAGCAGGAGCUGGAAAAGCAAAAGCUAUGGCAUACGUUCCAGGAAAAAAACAAGGAACUGGAAAUGCAGCACCGUCAGCAAUUGGAACAUAAGUUUCAGGAGUUGCGUGACCAGCGGAUAGCGGAGGUAGCUGCACAGCAACUGGAACGACGGGAACGUGAAGCGAUUAAGCGCAAGGAAAAGCAUGACUGCUCUGCAAACGCAAGUUCGGAAGUGAAGCAAAAGCUACAGACUUUCCUUAUUCAGAAAAAGCAGGCAGCCGCGUCGAAUGGGCUCAAUUCACCGUUACCGUACAGAAACUGGGGAGUCGUUAAGUCGUCCUCCGGUGAAUCCCUGCCGGGUGGAGUCGUCGGAGCUGCCGUUAGCUCACAUCCGUAUAAAAUUCCGCCUCCACCCAGUGCUAUUGGAAAGUACGAUCCAGACUUUCCGCUGCGUAAAACAGCAUCCGAACCGAACCUGCUGAAGAUUCGGCUCAAGCAGCGGGUAAUCGAAAAGCGAUCACUCAACGGACCGAUUGCCGCUAGACGCCAGGAGCGCUUACGACGGCUGCAGAAGCAGCAGCAGCAUCCUCACCAUCACAGCACAACGCUGUCCCAGUCAAAUUGCCCAGUAUCUGGCAAGACCGGUACACCGACGGACUCGUGCCCAAAUUCUCCGCCGACCGUAGGUAGUAGAGCUUCGCCGACGAAUGCACCAAUCCAGGAGGAAAACGAAGACCCUCAGUAUAGUUCGGUUGCUCGAUCAAGUAUCAACGACUUAGCGCUGUUCAGUUCGCCCUCAAUGCCCAAUAUUUCACUCGGCCGACCGCAUCUCGGCACAUCUGCACCUGUUGCACAUUUGGCGCUAAGCGCUAUACGUACAACGCAGCUAAUUGGAGCGCAAGGAUUACCGAACUUCUCUGUGUUCGGAAAUCCUAUGUUAGAUUUGGCGGAGCAACAACAGCUCCAUCUUUCGCAGCAGCAACAGCAUCACAGCCAUAAAAGUGCUGCAGCGGCAUCGGCAACGACAGCAACUGCCAGCACCAUUGGUAUCGGGCGGGCUCAAUUGCCAGGAUUGCAUGCGGCUGCCGCUGCAGCAGCGGCUGCUGCUGCCGCAUCCUCGGCAUAUCAACAGUCGAUAACGGAUGCUCAAGUCGCCCAGGGUCGGCUUAAUAAGCAAAGCCAUCGGCCACUAGGACGCACGCAGUCCGCACCGUUACCACUGGGACAUCCGAUGCUUGCCGGAACAAACAGCUCCUUAGUGAACAUUGCUCCGCCUCAUUUUGAAAAUAAAGAUGCUGAGCGACAGGCGCACGAGCAGCAUCUGUUUUUGAAGCAAAAGAUACGCCAGACGGCGCUUAGUCGAGCCGCCAAUAACGUUAACCGGGAGCCGCAGUUACGCGAAGAGCUUGAAUCAAAUGAAGUGAUCGAUUUAACCGACAAGAAGCAACCACCGAAGACGGUACUUGCGAACAGUGUUAUCAGGAGCACCUCACAAACGCUCAUCGCCCACGAAGAUAUCCUAGCACCAUCCUCCUCUCAUGCACAACAACAACAGCAGAACCAAGCUCAACAUUAUUCAGAGCUAAUGCAACAACAUCAUCACCAUCAGCGAGAGCUGCUCAUUCGUCGCUCCAUGCAGCUAACAGUGGCCGAAGAACCUUACGCACAUGCAGAAGUGGCUGCGGCGGCUGCAGCAACAGGCAGGCCUGUUUUGCGUCCGCUGUCUCGAACCUCAUCUAGCCCACUGGUCCAUCUCUGUUCAACCUCGCAAAUCGGUGUUGCGCAUCAGCAAAACAUCUUCGCUGACACAGGUCAGCAGCAGCAGCAUCAUGACGAUCUGCCCCCACCAGUGAACUUGACUGUUCAGAACCGCAGUCGUUCAAUGCUUAGUUAUACGCACGAUGGACUAACACCACUGAGUCGGCGGCUGACCGGGGCGAACUCCUCGUGCACGAACACGAUCAGUGCAGUGCCAUUGCAACUUACUACCUCCACGUCUGCAUCAGCAAUCAUAUCAUUGGAGCCGUCGCCAACAUCUCCUAUCACCAACGCAACAUCGACUGGCGCAACCACCACCACUGGUCUUGCCUUUGAUAGUAUCAUGCUGAAGCACGUCUGCGUAUGUGGUGAUAACGCGAAUCAUCCCGAGCACAGCGGCCGUUUGCAGAGCAUUUGGGCCCGGCUCAUUGGUACGGGGCUGGCGAUGCGCUGUGAGAAGAUACGGUCCCGCAAAGCCACCCACGAGGAACUGCAGAUGGUUCACACCGAGGCACACGCUUUGCUGUUCGGAGCCGGUCAACUUAACCGUCAGAAGGUAGAUAGCAGCCGCGUCAGCUUUGUGCGGCUCGCGUGUGGCGGAGUGGGUGUCGAUCUAGACACCACGUGGAACGAGCAUCAUACGGCGGCCGCCGCCAGGAUGGCCGCCGGCUGUGUUAUCGAUCUGAGCCAUCGGGUAGCGCGGCGAGAGAACCGCAACGGGUUUGCCGUCGUGCGACCACCCGGCCACCACGCCGAAGCAGACGCUGCGAUGGGUUUCUGCUUUUUCAAUUCGAUUGCGCUCGCAGCAAAAUUGCUCCGCGUCCGAAUGCCGCAGGAGAUUCGUCGUAUCCUGAUCGUUGACUGGGACGUGCAUCAUGGCAACGGUACACAGCAGGUGUUCUAUAACGACCCAACCGUUCUCUAUCUUUCCAUCCAUCGCCACGACGACGGAAAUUUCUUCCCGGGCACAGGCGGACCGACCGAGUGUGGCGCGGGGCCGGGCGUUGGCUUUAAUGUGAAUGUGGCAUGGUCGGGUGGUGUGAAUCCGCCCCUAGGCGAUGCCGAGUAUUUGGCCGCGUUUCGAGCCGUGGUGAUGCCGAUUGCGAGAGAUUUUCAUCCUGAUAUUGUGCUCGUGUCGGCCGGCUUUGAUGCCGCCAUCGGCCAUCCGGCACCACUCGGUGGGUAUGUUGUAUCACCAGCCUGCUUUGGCCAUCUAACUCGCGAACUGAUGCAGCUUGCGGAUGGCAAGAUAGUGUUAGCACUGGAAGGUGGCUAUGAUUUGCCCGCAAUUUGCGACUCUGCAGAGGAAUGCAUUAGGGCCUUGCUGGGCGCCGAGAGCACGGUUAACAUUGAGUCUACCGAGCUAGCUCGAGCGCCCUGCCAGGCUGCAAUCGAAACACUGCAGAAGACGAUUGCCAUACAGAUGUCGCACUGGCCGUGCUUGAAGCGAUUCGCCCACACGGUCGGCCUGCCUGCUCUCCAAGCGUAUAGUAGUGAGCGAGAAGAAUCGGAUACAAUUACGGCGAUGGCUGGGCUCUCGAUGCAAUCGUUGAAAAGAACUUCAGAUGUGUCCUGCGAGGACUCGGAAGAACCAAUGGAUCAAGACGAAUCAAAAUGAAAGGCUUACAAGAGCAAGAAAAUAGAGAAAUAAUUCAAGGAUCCAAGCGACAAGCUCUGUGGGACCAUGAUCGGUAGUGCCCAACGCAGCGGUAGCACAGGAGACAUGGUGUUCAUCAGUACUUUUACGCAAAACAAAUCGGCUUAUCGGUUUUAAGUAAACAAAACUCAAUUGGUUGCCGGUGGUUUGGAUAAUUAUGAUGAUGAUCAUUAUAAAAGAGUUAAAGAAAACACAUUGUGCGAGCUCAUAAUGGCUUGAUAAACAAGUAUAAGUGUGUGAGGAGCAUUUGCGAGCAACUAUACUUAGUGACAAGGUAACAAGGAAAGUGGAUACACGUUGUCGCUGCUCGGUUUUAGCCAAGUGGUUUUUUGAGGGUAAAAUAUGCCUGAUCAGAUUACUGCGCAGAGUGGAAAUCACAGGAUACAAAUAUAUAGUAAUAUGUAUGUGGAUAUCCAAACGUUUAUGUUCAAUGUUUGAUUCCUUAAAAUUAUUGGAAACACUUCUUGUACAGCUCUAUCACUUUCUUUAAAAUUUGCCGCACAUUCCCUGUUAGAUUGAUUCUACACUGGGCAAAAACUUUUGAUGCCGCGUGGGAAGUUUUACUUUUCGUCAAAAGGUCCAUUUUUCAUGUAUGGACGUUUUGACGAAAAGUCAAACUUUCCACGUGACAUCAAAAGUUUUUACGCUGUGUAGAAUCAAUCUUAUGUUUUAUUAUGUUUUUGUUAGCGAAUGCAACAGGAGAAAGUUUACCUCAACCUUACCUCAGUCUCAGUCUGUUUUUAUAUCUAACAUCCUCGAACUACCCUUAAGUUGUAGAUAGGUUAUUGACGUAGGAUGCAAGGAUGGAUGUGCUACGUUGAAGUAAAUCCAAAGCGUUGGCAUCGCCUGAAAUUGCUUCAGUGUAUUGAAAGCGUGUGCUUUGGUUCCAGGAAACAUUAAAGAUCUACUGUAACAGGUUAAAAAAAAAGUUAAUAGACGAGUCACUUAUUUUGUUGUUGUA